GCCUUCCAACUACUCCACCCAGGCCAAAUGUAGGCGAUCAUCUCUCUUGUCCGAGAAUGCGUCAAAAUGAAGUCAUUGAUAAAGGUGACUUUGGGGAGUCAUGUGUCGAACCAGACGGCUUGAUACGUUUGAUAUAUCAGCGAACCGGCUCAUAUAAUUGUAUGAGCACUCUCUAUUCUAUUACUGUGCCUUUGAUGUGCUAGAUCAAUCAGCCAACACGAUGAGUGACCCUAACAACCCCAACAUUGAGCAGAGAUCAACGCCCCAAUGGGCUCUCUAUCAACGGGAAAACUUCUUGAAAGCAAGAGAGGGCAAGACUGUGCCUUUCAACACUGAUCCCAGAAAACUCGAAGAGCUAGCCCGCGAAAAGCUCAGCCAGGGUGGCUGGUACUAUGCCUCGUCGAACGCAGGCAUGUCCAAUACCCACCUAGCCAACCGACAAGCCUUCUACCGCCACCGCAUUGUCCCCCGCCAGCUCGUCGACACCAACCUCCGCGACACAACAACUGAGAUCUUCGGCCACAAGGUCUCGGCACCCAUCGGGUUCGCCCCGAUUGGCAUCAACAAGAUCUACCAUCCUGCUGCUGAGGUCGCCGUCGCGAAGGUCGCGCACGAGCUCAAUCUGCCGUACUGCCUCUCAACAGCCGGCAGCACACCAAUCGAGAAGGUCGGCGAGGCGAACGGAUCAGGCCCGCGUUUUUACCAGCUGUACAUGCCCCACGAUGACGAGCUGACGCUCUCGCUGCUCAACCGCGCCUGGAAGUCCGGAUUCGACGUACUGAUGCUCACAACGGAUACAUGGCAGCUCUGCUGGCGUCAUGACGAUGUCGCCAACUCGAAUUAUGCGUUUUACCGGGGCAUUGGCGCUGAUCUGGGGCUAACGGACCCAGUGUUUCAGAAGCGCUGUCAGGAGGUCGGUAUAGACAUUGAAAAAGACGUCGUCGCCGCCUCGACCAAGUGGAUCGACUCCGUCUGGCAUGGCUGGGCCUGGUCCUGGGAGACAAUCCCCUGGCUGAUCGAGAAGUGGAAGUCCAUCUCCGGUGGUCGGCCGUUCGUCAUCAAGGGGAUCCAGUCCGUCGCGGACGCGAGAAAGUGCGUCGAGUACGGUGUUGACGGCAUCGUGGUGAGCAACCAUGCAGGCCGCCAGGUCGACGGUGCGAUCGCCAGUCUUGAUGCGCUGGAGAAUAUUGUCGACGCUGUGGGUGACCAGAUCUACAUCAUGUAUGACUCUGGGGUCCGGGGUGCGAGUGACGUCGUCAAAGCGCUGGCGCUGGGCGCGAAGUUCGUCUUUGUCGGUCGUCUUUGGAUCUGGGGGCUCAGUAUCAUGGGCGAGGAGGGCGUGCGCCAUGUCAUGAAGUCACUCCUGGCGGAUUUUGAUAUCUUGAUGGGAGUUGGGGGAUUUAAUAAUGUCAAAGAUUUUGAUCGGUCUAUACUAGGUAUGUCGAGCUCAGUGAGGAAAGGCACGGCCGCUGAUCAUUUAUUAGAGUCUUAUCCCAGGUCCUAUACCUACAUACCGGACAAGGUUCUCUGAUAUGUUUUGUCUAUACGUGCGUUCAAAAUUUGGAGACCAUUAUUGGAAAAUGCAUGUACAUAGAGCUCAUUCGCAGUUCAGACACUGGGAGACUCUGGUAAUGUCAUCUGCUAUAUUACAGAUCGUACUCUAGGAACCACUCAUGCCAUCAGUAAAACGUCUGGAUUAAAAAGACAGUAUG